AUGCUCCUACCAUUCGUCUACUUCAUGGUCAAGGAUUUCGGUUAUCCCGAGGCCAAGAUCGGCCCGCGGGCUGGGAUAAUCACUUCCUGCUUCUUCGUCGCCCAAAUGUUCUCCACCCCCUUCUGGAGCGUCUGGUCCAACUCGGCCGGACGCAAGCCCACACUGCUCGCCGGCCUCUUCAGCGCGGCGCUGGGCACCAUCCUCUUUGGCCUGUCCCAGUCUCUGGCUUGGGCCAUCGUGGCGCGCUGCCUGUGCGGUCUCUUGAACGGCAACUUCCCGGUCGCCCGCACCAUGGUCGGCGAGCUGGCGGAGCUCUCUGGAACCGAUAAGGGGAAGGCCUUCUCUCUGUUUGGCUUCUGCCUCGCAGCAGGCUGGCUGAUUGGACCCAUGAUCGGAGGCACCCUCGCCCGCCCCGCCAUCCAGCUUGGCAUCUCUGGCCCCGCGGGCUUGUUCGUGCGAUUCCCGUACCUGUUGCCCUGCAUAUGCGCUGCGUCGAUCAAUCUGAUCGUCUUUGCCGCUAGCUGGUUCCUCCUGGAUGACACCAAGCCGGCGCCGCGCCGGGGUGGUGAUACCGGCCCGGACGAAGCAGAUCCGCUUCUUGGUCCGGCCGAUCCUCCUCCCCCCAAGUGCCGGACGACCAAUCAACGCAAUCGAAGAGUCCAGGUCAUGUGCCUAGCCAGUUCACUCUUUUUCUUCACCCACGCCAUCCUGUUCGACGAGCUCUUCCCCCUCUUCGCCGUCUCCAGCACGAAGGCCGGAACGGGGUUGUCGUUCCUUCCCCGCGACAUUGCCACCGCUCUCAUGGCUUCCGGCCCCGCCAUGUUCGUGGCGCUGCUGGGCUUCCCGCUGGUGCAUAAGCGCGUCAGCGCGCCCAAGCUUUACGCCCUGUCCGCCCUCGUCUUCGUCGUCGUCUACCCAGCCUUCUCGCUCCUUCCCAGCGUCGGGGCCGCAUGGCUCUGGCCCUGUCUGGUCACGCUGAUCAUGCUGCGGUACAUGAGUCUGGUCGUCUCGCUCACCAGCCUGAACAUUAUGAUCAACGACAUUGUUGUCCCGGAGGAGCGUGCGCUGAUCAACGGCGUGGCGCAAUCGAUCGGAUCGUUUGCACGCACCAUUGGCCCCACGCUUGGCGGCUGCGUGUGGUCUUGGAGCUUGUCUAGCGGACUCCCCGCUCCUCUUGACUUUCAUGCAUGCUUUGUCCUGCUGGCGACGUUGGGCGCGGCUCAAGGCGCCACUGCUUUGAUGUUGUUCAGGGGAAGUGACAAUGUUUCGAAGGUUUCGGGAGAGGGUCGAGUUGAGGUGGCGGAGGAUUGA